AUGCUAUGCCCUAAUGAUAGAAGGGUUGCCUUAGCUGUAUAUGCCUUUAAUGUGGAAGCAGAAAGAUGGUGGAAAAGUCAAUUAGAAGAAACUUUUGAAGGAAGACCUAGCAGUCAAGUGACAUGGGAGGAGUUUGUCAAGGUAUUUAGAGAUUGUUAUGUACCAGUGAUUGCUAGGAGGUCAAUGCAAGACAAAUUUAAUAGAUUGGUGCAGGGAGAUAAGACCAUUACAGAGUAUGAGGCUGAAUUCACAAUGCUCUCUAGGUAUGCCUCUCAUUUAAUCCCAAAUGCUGAAGAGAAAUGCCAUCGCUUUUUAAGUGGCUUAAGGGAUACCAUUAGGCAACCAUUAGUCCAUUUUGGCAUUGAGGAUUAUGUUACCUUGGUUGAGAGGGAAAGAAGGAUUGAGAGUGAUUUGCAAAGUACUCAGAGGAGGAGAGAUUUUCAGAAGAGGAAGAUUGAAGAUAGAUCAAGGCCUGCUCAAUCUUUUCAAUCUAGAAGGCCUAACUGGAAGAAGCUCAAGCCCAACACUUCAGAGAGCAGCACUCAAUCUAUUUUAUGCAAUAAGUGUGGAAGUUCUCAUAGGGGAGAGUGCCUUUCUGGCACCAAUACCUGUUUUUGGUGCCAUCAAUCAUGA